ACACACACACACACACACACACACACACACACUCAACAUCUUGAGUAGUUUAGAGCCAGUCCACAGCGACAGUUAGAGGAGAGAAAGCAGAGGAGGCGUGUGUGUGUGUGUGUGUGUGUGUGUGUACAUCUGUGCAGUGAGAGUAAAAGCACAGUGACUUCUUCUUCUCUUUUUUUGUAUAGUGAGUGUUCGUGGCUUAGUGUGUGUAUGAGAGAGAGAGAGAGAGAGAGAGAGAGAGAGAGCGGGAGAGAGGGAGGAGAGAGAGCAGCGGAGUACAUGUGUGUCUGUGGUUGAAGGAGCUGCUGCUGGGUGUGAUGGCUCUUUUGCGUUAGUACUUGUGCGGACAGGGAGAGUUGGCGGCAGUUGUUUUGCGGGACCGGCGGGGAAUGGCAAACUCCACGGCGCUCUCCUCGGAAACAUCUGACUAAAUGACAAUGGCUGAGGCGAUCUGCUGCACUUUGGUGAACUGUAACUGUGACAGCUUCAAGCCCGGAAAGCUGAAGAGGAGGCAGUGUGAAAACUGCAAGCAUGGCUGGGUGGCGCACGCCCUGAGCAAGCUGAAGGUGCACCACAUGUACCAGAGCAGCCAGGUGGAGAUCGUGCACUCCAACGUGGUGUUUGACAUCUGCAGCCUGAUGCUGUACGGCACGCAGGCCAUCCCCAUCCGCCUCAAGAUCCUUCUGGAUCGCCUCUUCUCCGUCCUCAAGCAGGAGGAGGUCAUCCAGAUCCUCAACGCACUGGACUGGACGCUGCAGGACUACAUUCGAGGAUACGUGCUGCAGGAUGUUGCAGGUAAGGUGCUCGACCGCUGGGCCAUCAUGACAUUUGAGGAGGAGAUUGCAACGCUGCAGCAGUUCCUGCGCUUUGGAGAAACCAAGUCAAUAGUGGAGCUGAUGGCUCUACAGGACAAAGAGGGACAGGCAGUGCUGGUUCCCAGCACCCGCACUAAUUCAGACAUCCGUACUUUCAUUGAGCGCAACACCCCUCGCACCGCUGCCAGCCUCUCUUCUUCCAAAGUGGAAAAGCUGAGCGGCAACAGUAUGCACCACUUUGAGAACUUCAUCAAUAGCAUGGCCUUCAUGUUGCCAUUCCAGCUGUUGGGAUCUGUUCCUGCACCUUUUCUGGGUUCGUCAACAGGAGCCAUGCAACAGCAGCACCAGCAACACCAGCAACACCAGCAGCAUCAGCAAUCGUGUCGUGGAUCAGUCGACCAGCAGAGCCAGCUACGUGAUGAUCAAGGGCGGGACAGUGUAGGGAGGGACAGUUCCCUCUCUCUUUCACAUCCUUCGGAAAGCAACCUUCUUGGUUCCAGCACCAUCUCUUUCACCACUGAUCUCGACCGAAGUGGAGACAAGCCAAUGGACAGCCUUUCCACCAACACAAAGAUCAAAGCUGAGGAUUUUUCUCCAAGUGACAACUAUUCGGAUGGGCCCUCCACACCAUGCACACCUUCUAUGAGUUCUGAUGUAACACAGAUGUCACCAGAGGGCAAGCUGCACUCUCUGGACAGGAACGGCAGCAGCAGCGGGGGGAUCUCAGGUGCUGCAGGAGGAAGCUCUCUGAAGAAAGGCCGUGUAUUUUGUAACGCUUGUGAGAAGACGUUUUAUGACAAGGGCACGCUGAAAAUCCACUAUAAUGCAGUGCAUCUAAAGAUUAAGCACAAGUGUACCAUUGAGGGCUGCAACAUGGUGUUUAGUUCACUGCGAAGUCGCAAUCGCCACAGUGCCAACCCGAACCCGCGGCUACAUAUGCCCAUGAACAGAAACAACCGGGACAAAGACCUGCGGGGUAGCUUAUCUGCUGAUGAGAACUCUCAAGGAGAGAAGAGGUCAGACUAUGGAACCUCCAUCUCAAUGUGCUCUGCUGAAAGUCAAAAGUCUGUACCCAGCUACAUGGUCAGUCAUAUGGACACUGGCUCUAAGCUCCAUAACAGCUCAUUUCCCAGCAUGAGCCAGAGUGGUAUCCUCUUUCCCAACUUAAAGACAGUACAGCCAGUGCUCCCCUUCUACAGAAGCCUGGUGACCCCAGCAGAACUCGCUAACACUCCAGGAACACUACCAUCUCUACCUUUGUUGUCCUCAUCUGUACCCAUCAAACCCAUCACAGCUCUUGAGCAUGGCUUAACAGACCCAAUACCAAAGAAAAAGUCUCGUAAGUCAAGUAUGCCGAUAAAAAUAGAGAAGGAGAUGGUAGAGCAAGAUGAGCUCAUGGAUAAGGGGAGCAGCUCUGAGGAUGAGGCCCCUCUACAGUCCAGAGAUAAGGAUGAGUGUGAGGAAAACCAAGCCGAAGAGUAUCUGUUCACGAGACAAGCUGCAGAAGAGAGGGAGCUGAGAGAAGCUUACACUGGCAAAGACAGGGAAAGAAAUGGUACAAAGCAUCUUUUGGACCACACCAUACAUCGAGAAACAACGGAGAGAGGAGAUAAAGAAGAUGGACCAAGGCAAGUCGAAUCAAGAGUGAUCACUUGUGCAUCAUCCCCAUUUGGAAACAGCCUGAUGGAGAACCACUGUGAGAACAACCUACUCUGUCAGGAACCCAACGGCUAUGAAGAAAGAGAGGACAGGGAGCAUGCAAACUCACUGCAUGCAGCUGACAAGACUUCGGAGCUCAAAUGGGAUGAGGGUGAACAUAGGCUGACCAACGGGGGUGCUCUUCAACACAUGGAGAGGGAGGGAUCGGAUGGGUGUGCGGAUGACUAUGGAGACUCAGAGUUGUCUCACCUGGACCCAGAGCUUGAUCUCCCACACCACUGCGAGAUCUGCAGUAAGACCUUCAAGAACCCCUACAGUGUCAAGAUGCACUACCAAAGUGUCCACCUGAAGGAGAUGCACAUGUGCACCGUGGACGGCUGCAAUGCUGCCUUUCCGUCACGGAGGAGUCGAGACAGACACAGCGCAAAUCUGAACUUGCAUCACAAGCUGUUGACCAAAGACUCAUUCAGCCCCGCCAACAACCUGUACUCCCCCUCGUCCCACUGUAGAGACUCAGUCGGCAUGGACUACUGCUCAGACCAGACCAACAGAGAUCUAUCCCAUCGCGACCAAACCAGCCAGACCUCCGUCAUCUUUCGAGGACACAACCGCAUGGGCUUGGUCUUCCCUAUGAGCAAAAUGUCUGCUGCACCGGACAGCGCUGAGGUGUCUCCCUUAGGAAACACGGAGGGAUUAGGAGGAGAGGGCGGGGGAAGUGGGGGGGAAGACGGGGCAGUGUUGGACCUGAGCACCACCUCCUCGGCGCCGCCUCGCGGCAGCGGCAAUGCUCGCUCUUCCUGGGACUCGGAUGGAGCCGGCAGCGAGGAAGGGGAGGGGGUUGAAGAGACGGAGGAGACGCUCCCCAUGGAGGACAGCGAUGAAAGCUGCGAUGGGGUUGUUGUGGGGAGGUCUGGGAGCGAGGAGUCGCCGCUCGGGGGAGAGAGGACCCUGGACUGUGCAGGGGUUGGACAAGGCGGACUUCAGGGAGGUGGAGGGGGGUCUCCAAUAACAUGCCACAUCUGUCAAAAGGUCUAUAGCAACAAGGGCACAUUCAGAGCCCAUUACAAGACUGUCCAUCUACGACUGCUUCACAAGUGUAAAGUCCCCGGCUGUGAUACGUCCUUCUCGUCUGUGCGAAGCAGAAACCGGCACAGCCAGAACCCGAACCUCCACAGGAACCUGACUGUUAGCUCAGGGGCCACAAUGGACCAGGAGUAGGGCUUCAAUCUCAAUGCCAACAUGACUGAUUCCUUCUGUUUUAAAUGUGUAUUUGUUGUUAUCGUUGUCGUCGUCGUCGUUCUUUUUGGGGCACCUAAAGAAAGCUCACCAAUUAGCACUUUUAAAAUCUAUUACCGGUCCAACCUUUUGUCAUGUUUUGAAGAAGAAGAAAAAAAAAAUCAGACUUAUCAAUGACAUGUAAAAAGAAGCAACACAUCUGUUGUCUGAGUUCCAGUGGAAUCAAGGAGACUGUCUCACGCUCGUGACCUUUAUUUUCUCGUGUCUUUGCUGUCAUAUGUCCACAUCUUCCCCAUGAAGCUGUGUAUAUUGUAUUGGAAAAGAAAAAAAAGCGUGGCAAAACAACUUCCACAUGUGACAUUUCAUUCAUC